CGUUCGUAUCUGCCCGAGCCACUCUCCGUAACCAAGAGAGAUGGGGCAGCCUGUGCCGUGAGGACCGAGACUGGAAGAAGAAAACCAAGGACAAGAAGACAAGCGAGACAGAAGAGGACAUCUCGAGAAAGCGGAAGGCAGGAGACCGGGAGGGAAAAAGAAACCCACAGCAGGUGCAAACAAGAUCUAGAGCAAACCGGUCGGGUCCACAAUUGUUUUCCUGGAAGAGAAGAAAGUACUGGAGGAUUACCCUUUUUUCUCUUCAGUUAAUGAAAACUAUUUUUAUUUUCAUCAUAAAAGAAAACGCUAAGGGGAGGUAAAGACAAUCUCUGUUUUCUUAGGGGGAGACCUGAGGGAAAUCCAGACUCUCUGCAGCGUCUGAAUUAAGCCGUUGCCUGGUACACAUUGCAGGACCAUCCUGGUUUCUGAAGAUCUACAUCCCUUUCAUGAGAAUUCCAGCCGGAGGAGCUGGUACAGUUCUAUUUUUAUAUUUAAAUAUCUAUGUCCUUUUCCCCCCUUUUGACAACACUUUCCUUGCUUGUAAGCACGAAUGACAAGAAAGUGUCAACACGGAGUAGAAAUAUAUUCAGUUUUCUCUUUUAACUGCCUGGGUCUUUUUUAAGAGGGUAGGAGUGGUCCUUAUUUCAGGAAAGGACGUUUCAAUUUGAAAGGCACUCUCUCUAAAUAUAUUUACACCCACACGCAUUUAGAAAGAGAGAUACCUUUCGGAGGUUGAAAUCCUACUGAGAAAGAUGGAAAAAGGAGCCAGGCACCGAAACAACACUGAAAAGAACCACCCAGGUGGGAGCCAGUCGGACGCCAGCCCCGAGACUGGUUCCGGAGGGGGUGGAGUAGCCCUGAAGAAGGAGAUUGGAUUGGUCAGUGCUUGUGGUAUCAUUGUAGGGAACAUCAUUGGCUCUGGAAUCUUCGUCUCGCCGAAGGGUGUGCUGGAGAAUGCCGGCUCUGUGGGCCUUGCUCUCAUCGUCUGGAUCGUGACGGGUCUCAUCACAGCUGUGGGAGCCUUGUGCUAUGCUGAGCUCGGGGUCACCAUCCCCAAAUCUGGAGGUGACUACUCCUACGUCAAGGACAUCUUUGGAGGACUGGCUGGGUUCCUGAGGCUAUGGAUUGCUGUGCUGGUGAUCUACCCCACCAACCAGGCGGUCAUCGCCCUCACCUUCUCCAACUACGUGCUCCAGCCGCUCUUCCCAACCUGCUUCCCCCCAGACUCUGGCCUUCGGCUCCUGGCUGCCAUCUGCUUAUUGCUCCUCACAUGGGUCAACUGUUCCAGUGUGCGGUGGGCCACCCGAGUUCAAGACGUUUUCACAGCUGGGAAGCUCCUGGCCCUGGCCCUGAUCAUCAUCAUGGGGGUUGUACAGAUCUGCAAAGGAGAAUACUUCUGGCUGGAGCCAAAGAAUGCAUUUGAGAAUUUCCAGGAACCCGACAUAGGCCUCAUCGCACUGGCUUUCCUUCAGGGCUCCUUCGCCUACGGAGGCUGGAACUUUCUUAAUUACGUGACUGAGGAACUUGUUGAUCCCUACAAGAACCUUCCCAGAGCCAUCUUCAUCUCCAUCCCACUGGUCACAUUUGUGUAUGUCUUUGCCAAUAUCGCUUAUGUCACCGCAAUGUCCCCCCAGGAGCUGCUGGCCUCAAACGCAGUCGCUGUGACUUUCGGAGAGAAGCUCCUAGGGGUCAUGGCCUGGAUCAUGCCCAUUUCCGUUGCCCUGUCCACAUUUGGUGGAGUCAACGGGUCUCUUUUCACCUCCUCCCGGCUGUUCUUUGCUGGAGCCAGGGAGGGCCACCUCCCCAGCGUGUUGGCCAUGAUCCACGUGAAGCGUUGCACCCCAAUCCCAGCCUUGCUCUUCACAUGCAUCUCCACCCUGCUGAUGCUGGUCACCAGCGACAUGUACACACUCAUCAACUACGUGGGCUUCAUCAACUACCUCUUCUACGGGGUCACAGUUGCUGGACAGAUAGUUCUUCGCUGGAAGAAGCCCAACAUGCCCCGUCCCAUCAAGAUCAACCUACUGUUCCCCAUCAUCUACUUGCUGUUCUGGGCCUUCCUGCUGGUCUUCAGCCUGUGGUCGGAGCCCGUGGUGUGUGGCAUUGGCCUGGCCAUCAUGCUGACAGGAGUGCCAGUCUAUUUCCUGGGUGUUUACUGGCAACACAAGCCCAAGUGUUUCAAUGACUUCAUUGAGUUGCUAACCCUGGUGAGCCAGAAGCUGUGUGUGGUUGUGUACCCCGAGGCGGAGGGGACCUCGGGGACAAAGGAGAUAAAUGAGGAUGUGGAGGAGCAGCGGCAGCCCAUCUACCAAGACACUCUCUCUAAGGACAAGGACUCAGUGGAGCAGCCCCAGCCCUGAGGACCACCAAGCCCUCUCAGCUGCCUCCUCCUUCCUUCAUCCCCCUUUCUGCCCUCUUUCCCUGCCUGUGUCCUCCCUACACACACACACACACACACACACACACACACACCCCCUCUGCUUCUGUCAAGCAGGGGCAGGACCUGGGUGUGAGUGGUGAGAAACUAUAAACGAAGACACUGACAUUUGUACCCAAAGAACCAGCCUCUCGCCCCCAGGGCCUGUGUCCAAAGGGCUGCCCAUGCUGGAGCUUUAGAGGAGAGUGGAGCUGCAGGGGCGCCCCCUACAGGCCCUCCCCUAGGCCCACACCUUCAGUUGCCUCCUUUGGAACCUGAGUGCAGUACUGCCUUCCCUCCCCAAUCCUGAGCCCAAGGGAGCCUCAGCUCCAAGAGGAAUGGCAGCAACAGUGAGUCGGUUAUGGAGGGACGGAGGGACGGACUUGAGCAAAUCUGUCACCAUUAUAGGUCAGCUAGAGAGACCCAAAUCCCCCUCCCUUCCCUAGAGGCCCAAGAAAUUAGAAGCGAUACUUCCCUCUGCAUCUUCCCCACCCCACCCCGCCAUACCUCCACCCACCCCAGCCUGGGCUGCCUGUUCAGAGUAAGGUUCCUGUCAGGAGGUCACCCUCCAGUGAGCCAAGGACCAACAGCAGGGGAACUGCCCUCUCUGCUACCCCCAAGCCAGGCCUGUGGAAGAUCCCAUCCAUGGGGAAAGGCUCAGAUUGCAGAAACCCAGCCCUGCCCCUGCCUCCUGCAUCCUGCCCCCAACUCGGUGCCAAAGCUUUCUGAAGCCAGCUUCUUAUUUUCUAUGUAGUGGACAUUUCUCUCCUAAUGACAAAGCAGCUCAGCUCCCCCUCCCUCCACACCCCCAUGGGAAGGAGCCGGUCCCCCUGUCCUCUCUGCAGCUAAGCCCUCCCACCCCACGCAGCAGCACUGCCGCCAGCCCCCUCCCGCCCUUUAUUACCUCCUCUCUGGACCUUAGCUCUGGACCCACCACCCUGUGUGAAGGCUCCCCAGCCCUUCAGGCCUGAAACUGGAGCCAAAUCCGCCUUAAGUCGCCUCCCAUCCAAGAACUGGACCUAAAAAUACUCCCUUAUUUCUAACCCUCAGGACCUUCCUGGGAGGGAGCUUUCCCGCCUCCCCGAGGUGCCCAUCCCGUAACCUCAGACUGUUUGGGGAGAAAGUGUAUUCUGAAGGCCAGUUCCUCCCCACCACCACCACCUGCUCAGAUAACCCCUUCCUCCUUCUGGCCCCACCACUGUCCUGUCUUCAGAUAGCCUCCAGGGCAGGAGCAGAAGGCACCCACUUUGGGAGUUCUUGGUCGUUCUCCAUGUGGACACCUCACCCUCCUGCAGGCACAGGCCGCCUUUCCCUGUGCUCCAAAGGAGGGUGCCACAGUUUGCCCUAGGCCUUGCAGCACACCCGCCCCCGUCCCCCCAUCCCCCCAGCCACACCUGCUGUGCUAUGGACUAAGAUCCUUUUAUCCCAAAGCUAUCAUCCUGUCUGCUUAAACCGGAAUACCAGGGAGCCCUCCUGGCCUGCUCAGGCCUCCCAGCUUCCCGCCCCAAUGCUGACCCCGCGCGCUGGUGAGAUGCCAGGUCUGGUCCAUGUUAAGGUCCCUUCAGAGUGGACUCCAGGCAGGCUGGGGCUGGCCCCUGGAGGGUCAGGGGACCAUCCUCUUGUUCCCUCAUCUCAUUCCUCCAACUUCCUCCCUUCCUUCCAUUAUUGUUUUUUUGUAAAGUGAAUGCCUUACUUUUUGGAUAAAUAUUUUUGAAGCUGGCAUUUCUAUUUCUUUUGGAUUUUUUAAUGUAAGUUUGUUUUGCGGCGGGGGGGGGGUUCUACAUGGAUAAUAAUCUGUCUUUGAGUUGGUUUCAGUUUUAGAGGGAUUUUUUGGUUUGUUUUUUGGAGGGUUUUUGUUUUUUUCUUUUAAUGUAAUAAAAUUUA